AUGCAUGGGUGCUACUGUAGGGAUGAGGCUAAACCAGGCUCGCAUGAGCGGACAAGGACUACCACGGUAUCAGGCGGAAAAAAAGAACCUAUGUCGCCGUAUGUGUAUGCGUGGGCCUUUAUUAACUUAACUGUUCGCGGGAACCACCAAAUACCCAAAUUAUUAUUAUUAUUAUCUUUUUGUUUAAAAACUACUACCAAAGUCGGCAAAGCCCACAAAGCCCACACCAGCCGAUACUGUACAUGGGGAUGGGUUUUUACCCAUACCAUUAUAGUACCACAUACAACGUGUCCGAGUGGGAGAGCCGGUGGGAUAGGUAUGAUUGCCAAAGCGAUUUCCUCUAUUGAGAAGCUGGAUACGACCGACCAUAAAGCAUGCAACCAAGAAAGACUAGUUCUAGGCUAG